CAGUCAUGAGGCAGAGUCUUUAAUAAUUCUCGUCUCUAGUUGUUUGUGUAGGGUAUCGGAAAAGAUCUUGUGGUUAAGCGUGUUUUGGUUCGGGUGUUUUUGUGUUUAUAUUUUUAAAUUUGUUUAUGAAUAAAACAGCAAAGCCAGGGAUUAUUGAGAGUUAAACUAAGAUACUGAAAUGUCACAGGAUUAGAUAAGAUUUUGGUCCCCGAAAGCUUCCUGAAAUCUUCGAAUCAAUAUGAACUCUAGCCUGAAAAAUCAACAUAUCAAAAUUUCUGGAAUAAAUCUCCAUUACCCAUGGGAAAAUGGCAGAUUCUUCAACAAUGCGCCAUGAAAAAUGCAACGUCGCCGGUGUAACAAUUGAAAUUGUUUUAUAGAGGGUGUUGUUAUCACUAUGAAACGUUUUCUGUCAAGUUUUAUAGUGUGCUUGUUAGUGUUGUUUGGGGUGACUGGUGAGUUGUGGACUAAGAAAGAAGAUAGAUUCUAUGAUUUUGCAAAUUUUCCAAAAUCUCGUCAAGGAAGAAGCUACGUGGCCAGGGGGAAAAACUACGGAUCAGCAAACUCACUGACCAGAUUUUCUGAGCAAGAUGGUAUGUUCAUCACGCAGAAUUUUUCAACUGUCAUUGCUCAGAUGGGAGGCACGGCAAAGUUGCCUUGUAUCAUCAGGAAAUUCAACAAUAUAGUGGUUUCCUGGAUAAGAAAAAACGAUUCGCCUCCCACGAUCCUUACAGUCGGUCUAGGAACCUACAUUGCCGACGAGAGGUUUUUAGUCGAGCAUGCCCGCCAUUUGCAAAAUUGGGGUUUGGUCAUCAAGCAUGUCCAGAUAUCGGAUGCAGGGUUGUAUGAAUGUCAAGUUUCAACUCACCCUACAACAAGUAUCUUCAUAGAGCUCAAAGUUACAGAGGCUGUGGCUGAAAUCAGUGGGGCUCCCGACCUGCACAUCAGAGCCGGAUCUAGGCUUCGCAUAGUUUGUCGAUUAAGGCACAGCACGGAGCCUCCAUCCUACGUGUUCUGGUAUCACGAUCACAGAAUGAUCAAUCACGAUGUUGGAGUAGUGGUCACCGCGGACAGAUCGACCAGUAUUCUACUUGUAGAAGAUGUAGACCCUACUUUCAGCGGAAACUACACUUGUUAUCCUUCAAAUGCUACACCAGCAUAUGUGAACGUUCACGUUCUGAACUCUACAGAAGAAGAGAACCCGGCAGCCAUGAUGCACAACAAUACCAAUCAUCAUGUUGCAUGUUAUUUUCUGCUCUUAGUUUUCCUGUUUUUGCAUGUAUUAUGUUUUGCCAGCUAAAAAAACAUUAUUGGAGUGUAUAGUUUUAAACUUAAGACUAAUAUUUUUGAAGUUGCUUUUCGUACAAGUAAGUUGUUUUAAAAUUAUUAUUUUUUUUGUUAUGUUUUUUUGUCCUUA